AACAAAUGCAGCAGAAAGGCUGAUUCGUGGGACCGAGGCUUUCGACUGGGAAUCGUUGCCGAAGAAUGACCCUGACACAGGUUCCCUGACAAUGGCAGGUUGGAUCUCUUUCCUGGACACUGUCAUCCGACGUACUGUAGCCAUUGUGAUGGUAUAUUUACUGACAUACACAGCCGCAUCUUUGCUGAUACCACACAAACGUGUUCUUCUGUUCAACGCUUGGUUUCCCUUCGACUGGACAGUUAGCCCAACGUACGAACUGAUCUGCCUCCAACAGUUCAUUGGAGCUCUUGUGUUUCUCUUCACUAUAUUUCCAUUCCCCGGCUUGUACGCCACGUUGGUGUGUAUCGCGUGUAGUCAGCUGGAGAAGCUGCGAGCGAACCUCCUGGAUAUCAGACAGGAACUCGACACACCAGCGCAGGACUCGGGCGCUGAGACUGACACAGAGGAGGAAGAAACUCAAGUUCAGACAUCUCAGGAAAUGUUCUGCCGCAUGCAGGAGCAGCUCAGCGACUGUGUACGUCUUCACAACGAGAUUCUGAGGUAUAUGGAAGAGAUGGAGAAUACAUUGAAUCCCUUCAUGACUGGAAUGUUCCUACUGUCGCUAGCGUCUUUAUGUCUGAGUUCCUUUUCUAUUGUUACGAGUUGGGGGAACGUACCUAUGAUGAUCCAAGGAGUUGUAGCCUACUCUACGGUAAUAAUUCCACUAUUCCUCUACUGUUGGUUUGGCAACGAGCUGACAUUACAGGCGGAGAAAGUGCGAGAAGCUGCCUGGGGCUGCGACUGGGUCGGAACUCCCAUUUCUUUCCAGAAGUGCAUCAGAUUAAUAAUAGCAGCAGCUAACAAGGAGUUCACUCUCACAGCCGGAAAGUUCGUGCCAGUGGCCAUCCGGACCAUGGUCAAUAUGGUUAAUCAAAGCAUCUCUUACUUCAUGUUUCUACUUCAACUCAAGGACAACAUCGAAUUAGACGAACCAGCCAACAGUGUGUAGCGUCUCUACAAAAGGGUGUAUAGUCUUACAGUAGUGCAGAACACGUCGCGCAACAAUUGUUCACAGAAUGUAGCAAAAGUGAACAAUAUACUUAUAUAUGCAAACAUGCCACACAUUGCACAUAAAUGAGGA